AUGGACAUUACAGUUCUCCCCAAUAAUAAUCAUCCAGAGAAAUUCCUUCAACUUGAUGUAGGGAUGCUACCAGCAACCCACGGAAUGUUCCAGAUAGGAGCAGCACUUUCUGGACAGAGGCAGUGGCACAACAGGGUAUACUCACAGGGAGAGCGGAGAGGAAAGAGAGAGACAGAAAGACCACCAUCACCGGAGGAGGAACCUGGAUUUAGAGACAGUGAGCUGGAACAGCACAUUACACGACUCACUCUGAAACCAAAUAUUAAGCAGAACCCACUCUAUGUAGACCUAAAGAAGGUUGACACGGAGGAGAACCAGAGAUCGAAACCAUCCUGGACCAUUGAGGAUUAUGACAGACAUUCUUUGCGGGGGAACUUAGCUAUUCUACAGGAAGACCCCAGGAAAUUGAAUUUUUGGCUGGAGGAUCUCUACACCCCAGGCUUUGACUCCCUGCUGAAAAAGAAGGAAGCCGAAUAUAAAAGGAACAAAAUCUGCCGAAUAUUGACAUCAGUCAUUCUGUCUGUUUGCGUAAUUGUGAUUGUUAUCACUGUGCCAAUUGUGGUGAUGCAAAGAAAAGAGUGA